AUGGGUCUCAUGGGCUGCAUUGCAUUAGUCAGCUAUGUAGCUAUAAGUCCAUGGAAAUGCCCUCCUGACACAGGCUCUGCUUCUAAAGUUCAGCUGUUGGCGUCUUCUUCGCUCCCUAUGAGUAAUGCAAACAGCAGAAGGGGCGAAAGCGAGUUUCUGGCGCCGAAAUCUGAUGACCCGGGCGGCAUUCAUGAUAUAAAAUUAACCGCGGGCCGCUGCAGUUUUUUAGUCGUCUUGGAGACUGUCCAUGCUACUGAGUUCCGACGGCUGCAACAAAGUUUAGUGGACCGAGGGCAUAUGAACAGCCUUAUUAAGACCUAUUUAAAACUCACACUGCUUACUUCAAGAAAGGAAGGGCUUAAAAAAUUUGGCCUGAAAAUUCAGUCAAAAACAAAAAUUGAUUUGUGGACUUAUUCGAUUUGCGACCUUGAACGUCCGAACGCUCUUAUUGCUCUCGUGCUGGAGAGAUAUCAAAUCGACAUUGCCGCACUGUCUGAAAUUUUUCUGCCGGACGAAAGAUCUCUGGCUAAAAUUACUCUGUACAAAACUGUUUGCAUUUCUGCACUGCGUUAUGGUUAUCCUUAUCGUCGACACAUCAAAGCCCUCAAGACCUUCCUUUUUUGCAGUGUUCGCAGCAUUUUUGGAAUAAACUGGCGCCACCAAAUAACCCUCACAAAUAUGUUUAAGGAUUGCAUGUACUGCACCGGCAGAAUAUCUAUUGUUACAACAUCUGCGCUGGAUAGGUGA